AGAAACUCUCAAUCUGAAUUCUGUUCUUUAAGAAUGGCAUGGGGCAGGAUGGACAUAAGGUUACAGUGGGAAACAAAACAAUGAUAAAGUUUCUCUGCUUGAACAAUGCUUUGCAAAAUUCCAUCCCACCUUUGCGAGGACCACUUUGGGUCUCUGAAGGAGGAGGUCUCAGCCCCUCAGGAGCUAAGAUGUACAUCUAAGGAGUUCUUGUGGCCUUGUUCCAACGAUUAAAGUCUGCAAAAAACUAUUAUGGGAAAUUGAAUCUGGCCAUGAAUGAACAGAAAGAGAAAAUUACACAAAAAAUCAUUCUCUUAAUGUCAGAAAAAGAAAACCAUGAGGUGAGAGAAGUGAGCGAGCUGAUUGAUGAAUUGCAGGCAGCUAUCAAAAGCAACAGAGGUCAUCUCUUGAAUCGUGGCCCCCAAUUACAGGCUGAGCAGGAGCAAUUCUCCUCUUAUGUCUGCCAACACAUUAAAAGCCUUCCAGCAAACACACUGCUCGUCCCAGGAGACCUGAAACUCAAGGUAUUUGAAAAUGACAAAGACACUGGAAAGAUCUCUGUUUGCACCAGUAAAAAAAAAAAAAGAAAAGAAUUGGGUUCUGAUAGCCCAACCCAAGCUGGCACUGUGCUGGAAAAAUCACUUCUCAAGAUUCACCAAAGGCUUCAAGGUUCUGCCAUCAACCCACCAGGCCUCCAUUUUACUUCCAUCCAGCUUUUCGAGGUGCAUGGCCAAGAAAUUAUGAAUCCACCUUUGCUGAAGAAUAAACAAUAAUUUUGGUUGUCCUAUGGUAAAGCAUACAGAUCACCUUUUAGCCUUGUUUUGGAUUUGACCUUUGGCUGAGUGACUCCAUCGGACAGAGCAGGCAUUACAGUUGCGUACAAAACCUUUUGGGAUCAUGCUGCUGUCCUACAACCUGGAUGUGACAAAUAA